AUAGACCGAAAAAUUAAUUAGUUGAAUACAUUGGACUUCGUAGGUGAAAAUAAGUUUUCUUUACAUAGAGUAUAGAUUUUAGAGUAAAAAAAACGGUUUAUCUUGUUUCCGAGAAACUAACCUAAAAAUUGGCACUAAACAUUUGGGUAACCGAUAAAACUUCGGUUCGAUAUCUAUGACUUUUAAGAUAAUUGUAUUGUCGGUUCUGUAAUAUUCAAUUUAUUCUUUAACAUUUCUAUAAUUUACAUUUUGACUUCUAAGAUAUUAUUAUACUGUAAUACAUUUUGACAUUUUUUAUAAUAUACGUUAUUUAAUUAAAUUUUGGCCCCACCUGAACGUAAAUGCUAGAUCCGCCCCUGAUUGGUCAGCCCCAUUCCAUAAGCCCAUUUACCCUAUAGUUUACCCGGCCCCCUGAUUCGGUUCCGCUUUUGUCUUUCCCGAUUCUCUUCUGCGCUAUUGGCCGAUUCUUUCCUUCUUUGGCUUGUGCUUGUGCGAUUAAGUCUUGAUACUCUCCCAUGGUAAGUUGCCAUCUUUACCAUCUGUGCAUCUCCUAUAUAUAUUUGCAUAUUGCUUCCGUUUUGCGUAGCGAGUGACAAAGCCGAAACCCUAUUCUCUAAAUUCCAUUUUCUCCUCUGUGAGUUUGCCGGAAAGAGCCUUGGCCGGAAAGUGGCCUGCUGGCUGACGCCCCUGUUUCCCCUUAGUGACUAUAGUGGUUAAUUUCAUCCUUUGUGGGUGUGAACGUGUGAGACCUGAGCUGGAUAAACAUCUUACAGUGGUAUCAGAGCCGCCCGCCGCCCGCCGCCGUCUCGCCGCCGUCGUACGUCGUCGCGGGAGGUCCAGGGAGUGUCGCCGGAGGUCCAGGAGUGCCACCAGUGGUCCAGGGAGUUCUGCCAGAAGCUUCCAGCCGUCCAGGGACUCUGCUGCCUCAGACCAAACCUGCUGCUGCCAGCCACGGAGCUCUGCCGCAACUCCAGUUCGCUGCCGCCACGCUCUACAGCAGCCCACGCUGCCUACGGUAAGUCGGGUAACCCAACCUCGGGCCUCGCUCAGGUAAAUUGGCGUUAACCACCCUUGGUGUACCGGAGUGCCACCGGAUUUAUUUUUUUCCCCGCUCCCCGCUGCUGACCUGCGUGGUCUUGGAUGUCGGCUGUGCCCGGCCCCAGGUACGUUUACUAAUCCUUUGUGUGAUUAUUUAUUCGUAGUUCAUUCAUUUUAAGUUCAAGUUUAAAUUGCAAUUACUUGUUUGUUUAAAUUGUGAUUACUUGUUGGUUUGUGAUUAAUUUUUUCCGGUGAAGAAUAUUUUGUUUGGAUACUCGUUGUCCAAAAUUGUGAAUAUUUCUUCCAGUUUAAAUUUAAUCACGUGUUGGAUUUUUUUUUUGAUUUUUUCUGUUGAUUGAUUCAUGGAUAAACUCUCCGGUUAAGAAUAUUUGUUUGGAUACCUGUUGUCCGAAAUUGGGAAUAUUUCUAUCCGGAUUAGUUUUAAAUCCCGUUUCUUUGUUUGUUGAUUUAAUUCUAGCCUAUUUGUGCUUGUACGAAAGAACAAGGAGAUUGUACCCGAGCUUUAUGUUCAUUGGUCUUCUCGGCUUGUUCGUGCUAGUUGCUUUGUACAAUUGAUAGCCCUAUAGGUUAUAAUAAAUCAUUUAUCUGUCUGUUGAAUAAAUAAAAAUUUUUAUCUGUGCUUGUACGAAAGAACAAGGAGAUUGUACCCGAGCCUUAUGUUCAUUGGCCUUCUCGGCUUGUUCGUGCUAGUUGCUUCGUACGGUACGAAAGAACAAGGAGAUUGUACCCGAGUUUUGUGUUCAUUGGUCUUCUCGGUUUGUUCGUGCUAGUUGCUUCGUACCGGUUGAUAGCUUGAUAAUUUUUUUUAUUUACUCUCUUGCGUGCUGUGCUUGCUUUCCGGUUAAUAUGGCUGUCAAUCAAUAUGGCAUGCUUCCAUUUAACGGAAAGACAUAUUUUGAUAUCUGGAAACAGAAAAUCAAAUGCGUGUUGAUCCAACAGAAAGUCUAUAGAGCUGUGACCGGUCUCUAUUUAGACUCUGAGGAUGCUGUGAAACGCGUUGAAAUGAAUGAAACUGCUUGUUCCUCUAUUUACCUAAACCUUUCUGAUUCAGUGCUCAAGAAGGUGGGUAUUAUAGAUUCUGCUAAAGAGUUGUGGGACAAGUUAGAUAAGUUGUAUACCGAUACUUCUUUGCCUGGUAAAUUGUUUUUGCUUGAGAAGUUCAUUAGAUUUAGGCUUGACCUGACUAAAGACAUAGAUGAGAACCUAGAUGUGUUUAACAAGCUUAUUCAGAACAUUAAGCAAGCCGGUGAUAAACACAUAGAUGACUACACACCCAUAGUGUUACUUAAUGCCAUCCCUGACUUUUACAAUGACGUCAAAUCUGCCAUAAAGUGUGGUAGAGACGAUAUCUCGUUAGAUAUAGUCGUUAAUGGAUUCAGGAGUAAGGAGUUAGACCUUAGACACUCGAGGGGUAGUAACAGUCAAUCUAGGGACUCUGGUGAAGCGUUGCUUGUGAGGGGUAGGUCUAAGAGUAGAUCUAGAAACCAUAAGAAGGGUAGCAACAAUAAGAACCAGACCAAUAACAAUGACCUGGGGAAGAAGAGAGGUAAGUCUAAGAAGAGAGUGUGCUAUAAUUGUGGUAAUUCUAGUCACUUCAUUAAGGAUUGUCCCCAUCCUAAGAAGUCUGAACAUGCUAAUGUGGUAGAUGAUAAUAACUUGCAUGAAGAAAUUUUUAUGGUCUGUGAUUUUGCAAAUUCUGUGUUGAGUAGCAUGACUGAAAAUGAGUGGUUGAUUGACUCUGGUUGUACUUAUCAUAUGACACCUUUUAGAUCUCUGUUUGCUUCUUAUGAUUCUUGCAAUGAUGGUUUUGUGUCUUUUACUGAUAAUAAGAAAUGCAAAAUACAUGGGGUGGGUGAUGUAUGCUUGAAGUUUGAUAAUGGGACUGUGUUUACUAUGAAAAAUGUGAGGCAUGUCCCUGAUUUGCGUCAUAACUUGUUUUCUGUCGCUGCUUUUGAGGGUAGUGGGCUUGAUGGUAAAUGGGGAAAUGGGUGCAUGAAAGUUUUGAAAAAAUCCUUUGUUUUGUUUAAGGCAAAAAAGGUGAAUAAUUUGUAUGUGUGCCAUGCUCAGCCUUUCUGUGAUUCUGCUCAUGUUGUUAGUUCUGAUAAAACAACUUUGUGGCAUAAUAGAUUAGGACACAUGAGUAAUAAGGGUUUAGAGAUUUUGCAUAAAUCUGGUUGUUUUGGUAAGGAUUCUGUGUCCUCCAUCCCUUUCUGUGAAUCUUGUGUGUUAGGCAAGCAGCAUAAGGUUACAUUCCCCUCUUCCCCUUAUCCCUCUUCCCCUUAUCCUAAUCCCACUAAGUGUACCUCUGUGUUAGAGUAUGUUCAUGCAGAUGUGUGGGGUCCUGCUAGUGUCUCUACCCACGGGGGUAAGAGAUAUUUUCUGUCCAUUAUCGAUGAUUUUUCUAGGAAGGUGUGGGUCCGUCUUCUUGAGCAUAAAUCCGAUGUCUUUGUGAAAUUUAGGGAGUGGAAAACCCUUGUAGAAAAUCAAACCGGUAAGAUGGUCAAAACCCUUAGGACCGAUAAUGGAUUAGAGUUUUGCAAUAAGGAUAUGGACAAACUUUGUGUUGAUUGUGGGAUUAGAAGGCACAAAACUGCGCCCUAUACUCCCCAACAAAAAGGGAUAGCCGAGAGAAUGAAUAGGACUGUUCUAGACAAGGUUAGGAGCAUGCUUACUACCUCCGGUUUGUCUAAAAAGUUUUGGGGUGAAGCAGUCAAUACUGCUGUCUACUUGAUUAACCGGUCUCCUUCUGUUCCCUUGGGUGGGAAAUGCCCUGAAUCUGUUUUUUCAAACAAGCCCCUUGAUUUGUCUAAUCUUAGAGUGUUUGGGUGUGCUGCGUAUGUGCACCAACAAGGUGACAAAUUGGAUCCUAGGUCUAAGAAAGGAGUCUUCUUAGGUUAUCCUGAGGGUGUGAAGGGGUACAGGGUUUGGGAUAGGAACCAGGUAGGUUUCAAGGUUGUGGUAAGUAGAAACGUUGUUUUCAAUGAAUCUGAGUUCCCUUGUCUGGUUAAGUCAGUUCCUGAUUCUGAGUCGAGCCCUAGUAGUACACCUCUUGAGGUGGAGUCCAUACCAUAUGCUGCUAAUCAUGAUUCUUCCAAUUUGCAUGAUUCUUCUGAAUUGCGUGAUUCUUCUGAGCAUGAUAAUACCACCACUUCGAGUGAGGUGAAGCAUUCUCAUGUGCAUUCAAAUGACAAUGAAUCGCAUGAUGAGAGUGCCGAUUCUAGUGAUAAUGAUUUGCAUGAUUACCAACUUGUUAGAGAUAGAAGUAGGAGAGAAAUUAGGAGAACUACUGAUAGCAUGCCUGAUUUUGCUUUCCAUGCGUGUGAUACUUCUAUGUUUGAUUUCUCUGUGUUUGAGACCCUUGAGCUUAACGAACCUAAAACCUAUCGGGAGGCCCUUAAGUCUAAUGAGUCCGCUAAAUGGCUUUGCGCCAUGGAGAGUGAGAUGGAUUCACUUAGAGCGAAUAAGACUUGGACGUUAGUUCCUAGACCGCCCAAUAGUUCUGUAGUUGAGUGUAAGUGGCUAUUUAAGGUUAAGGAAGAGCCUAACGACAUUAGAUAUAAGGCUAGGUUAGUAGCUAAGGAUUUUACUCAAAAGGAAGGUGUUGAUUAUGCUGAAAUCUUUGCUCCUGUUGUUAAAUUCAAUACGAUUAGAAUGAUGAUUGCUCUUGUUGCUCAUAAUGAUUGGGAAAUGAAGCAAAUGGACGUCACCACUGCUUUCUUGCAUGGUGAUUUAGACAAGAAAAUCUAUAUGACCCAGCCUGAGGGCUUUGUGGAUCCCAUGAAGAGUAAUCAUGUGUGUUUGCUUAGGAAGGCCUUGUACGGCCUAAAGCAGUCCCCGAGGCAGUGGAAUAUCAAAUUUGACCAGUGCAUGUCAUCUUUGAAAUUUCACAAGUCCGAGUGCGACCAUUGCCUAUACUUUAAAAAUACUUCUUCUGUGCCUGUAUUUUUAUUGCUUUAUGUGGAUGACAUGUUGAUUGUUAGUCCUUCGGGUGACGCCAUUAAAGGUGUGCAAAAGCGUCUCAGUGAGAACUUUGCAAUGAAAGACCUAGGUGAUGCCAAGAGGAUCGUAGGCAUUAACAUUGUUAGGGAUAGGAGUAAGCGUGUGUUAGUACUCAAUCAGAUUUCAUACAUUGAAAAGAUUUUGAGUAAAUAUAACAUGCAUUCUGCUACUACCGUCUCUAUCCCUAUGGCAUCCCACUUUGUGUUAAGUAAGGAUCAGUCUCCCAAGACUGCUCCUGAAAUUGCUAAAAUGAAAUCUGUACCUUAUUCCAAUGCUAUUGGGUCCGUGAUGUACCUCAUGGUGAGUACUAGACCCGACAUUGCCUAUGCUGUUAGUUGUUUGAGUAGGUAUAUGUCUAAUCCUGGUUUACCUCAUUGGAAUGCUCUUAAGUGGUUGCUUGGGUACUUGAAAUCUACUGUUAAUCAUGGGUUGGUUUUCACUAGGUGUUCUGAGGGUGUUAAGUUGAGUGGGUAUGUGGACUCGAAUUUUGCUAACGAUAGAGACAAUAGGAAAUCCACUACCUCUUAUGUGUUUACCCUUUGCGGGUCUUGCAUUAGUUGGAAGUCUCAACUUCAACCCAUAGUUGCCCUUUCCACUACUGAGUCUGAGUAUGUGGCCGCUACCGAAGCUUUCAAGGAAGCCAUUUGGCUUAAACGUCUCCUAACGGAGAUUGGUAGUCUUAAUCAGGAUAUUUGUGUGUUUUCUGAUAGUCAAUCUGCUAUUCAACUGUGCAAAAACCCUGUUUUUCAUGAUAGAACUAAGCAUAUUGAUGUUAGAUUUCAUUUUAUACGUGAUAUUGUUAGUGCAGGUGAUAUCAAGUUGAUUAAAAUUCCGUCCGAAUUUAAUCCUGCUGACAUGGGGACUAAAUGUCUCUCUGUCGAAAAGCUGUUGUCGUGCAAAUGCACGUUAAACAUUGAUUGCGGAUAAGUUGCCUGGUGAUCUUACUCCUUUUGCCUGAAUGUGUCUUUGUGAUCAUUUGGGCAAUCCAGCGAUGAUGAGUCUCAAAUUUGUGUUAGAGUUUUGACUCUACACCACUAUGGUCCAAUAAGGUGGAGAAUGUGUUAGGUAUUGGCCCAGCCCAUUCCAUAAGCCCAUUUACCCUAUAGUUUACCUGACCCCCUGAUUCGGUUCCGCUUUUGUCUUUCCCGAUUCUCUUCUGCGCUAUUGGCCGAUUCUUUCCUUCUUUGGCUUGUGCUUGUGCGAUUAAGUCUUGAUACUCUCCCAUGGUAAGUUGCGAUCUUUACCAUCUGUGCAUCUCCUAUAUAUAUUUGCAUAUUGCUUCCGUUUUGCGUAACGAGUGACAAAGCCGAAACCCUAUUCUCUAAAUUCCAUUUUCUCCUCUGUGAGUUUGCCGGAAAGAGCCUUGGCCGGAAAGUGGCCUGCUGGCUGACGCCCCUUUUUCCCCUUAGUGACUAUAGUGGUUAAUUUCAUCCUUUGUGGGUGUGAACGUGUGAGACCUGAGCUGGAUAAACAUCUUACACAAACCAGAUCAGAUCAGACCAAUUCAGAUUACACCUGAUCAGACUUAUAUAUAAUUAUAAAAUACACAGAUACCAGACAUUUACCAUACCAGACAUAACCGGACUUAAAUAGACCUGACCAGCAAAAUUCAAUCCAAGUAAAAACAUUAUUAUUGAGAUAUUGUGAAGUGUUUUGUGAUCGGAUAGAACCUCAUGUCUAAACACCUCAGAUCGUAAGUUAUUACACUCAUGGUAGUUACUAACUUACUAUCCCAUUCCAUCGAUAGUGUAUAGGCACAUGUUACGGGGUAUGAGUCAAUGCGGUGCGAUGUAUGUGUUUAAUAAAAUGGCUAAUUAGAAAAUUUGGUAUAUCUUGAAUUGCUUCCCAACUAAGAUUCCAUUGACUACGGCUAGGGUUUUAGUGAUUAUGAUUUGGGUUCGAGACUUUGAGUCGCACACUCACACAAGCUAAGGUUCUCAUGACUUCAAUUCAGUUAUGAGCCAGUGACUAUGGUUGCGGCUACAAUGUAUUGAGCGUUUAACGCUAACGAGUAACGAGCUACUCCGUAUUUUCAAUUAACAAGGGGUGGGGUGGGGUCAUCAACGGGAUUUUGAUGGUGACUAUAGACUACGAUUUUUUUUUGAUAAUCCAGGUGUCGGGGCUUACGCUCCCAUAAUCCUGGAGUCUAUGAACUACCCUCCAAAACCCCUAAACAGUUAAAUCCGGAUCUGAUCACAGUCAACCUCGUCAGUACUGGCUCCAAAGGAUGAAUCCAGCAGGACUUACAUCACCUUUCAGGCUGCUCCUCCCACCACACGAACCCGCUACCUUCAUUACCAUCAUCUCCCUUCUCAGCCGCUGAGCAACUCCGUGAAGGUAGGAAGAAUCAUUGGGAGCAAGACCUCCCUCAUCUCCCCUUGGUGGGAAUUGAACCCAAGACCUCCAAUCCCACAAAGGAGAGACUUGGGGUGGAUGGUCAUUCAUUGGACUACACCCACCUUCCCUUCGAUGACUUUUGUGAUUGGAGAGUGGACCAUUAAGCAGUGGUGGUGGGGUUGAUGGGGUGAAUGGUGACAUUAGUUACUUUUAUUGUUAAAAUGUACUAUCGUAUUAUUGUAAAAAUAAAUAAAGGUAGUAAUUAUUGUGAUGAGUUAUAGGUUUGAAAAACCAAAAAAGAGUCAUAAGAAUCAUAUAAGAAUCAUGAAUAUUUUCACAUUUUAAGUAUAUUUAAUUUGUAUAUAUACGUUUUGAAUAUAUUGGAAUAACAUAAGAAUCACAAAUACGUGUAUAUUGGUAUUAGAAAUUGCUCUAAAUAGGAUCAAAAACGUUUUGAAAUUUCAAAAUAGGACUAUCAUGUUUUUUAUUCCCUGAAUAGGAGUUAUCUGCCAAGUUUGAAAAAAAAAUGUCAUGUUUUAAAGCUUAGUAAUGUCAAACUUGGAAAAACUUUACUCAUAUUCAAAGAAAAAAAAACAUGGUAGUCCUAUUUUGGAAUUUCAAAAGUUUUUUACUCCUAUUUAGGGAAUUCACCCUAUUCGUAUUCGUAUUAGAAAUUUUUUGAAUAACAAAACUGAUUCAUUUUCAAAUUUGUAUUUGAUUAUUACGAAUUCGAAUCUACAAUUUCGAAUUAGAAUCGCAUGCUGGAUUAAAAUUAUUCGAUUCGCUUACAACCCUAGUCUGCAAUGCUCAAUUUACCCCUGAAUUAAAAACAAUAAUCCAAUUCACACCUUGAAUUUGAUAAAAAGAUUCAAAUUUCAUUUUUACAGAAAAUUGUUCGGUCACAUCCGUGUCGUUUAAAAGUGUCAAUUGUGCAUCUGAUGGAAACUUGAGGGGUCACAAUCCAAUCAAGUAAUAAAAAGAGUGAAAAUUGAAAAAAUAGAAUAUAUAUAUAUAUAUAUAUAUAUAUAUAUAUAUAUAUAUAUAUAUAUGUAUGCAAUACAAGUCCAAAAUAUAAAUAUAGACAUCUAUAAAAUAAUAUAAAUAGAAACUAUUUAUAUUUAGCUGUAAACUCAAAAUAAAAAGUAAAACAUAAUCUAAAAGAAAUCCUUUAAAUUUAUUUCCAUAUAUUAUAUUUAUAUUUUAUGUAUAGAAGUGGGAUCAAUGACUAAUUAUACUAAGCAUGUACAUAUAUAUACAUCAGCUUCCCCCUGCAAGCUAGCUCGGUGUUGGAGGCAGAACUGAAGGCGAUUCAUCAGGCGGUGAAGUGGGCGGCGGAUGAAGGUUAUGAAGAUAUAUUUGUUGAGUCGGAUUCCUCCUUGGCCAUCGAAUACAUCGCAGGCAGGAAAUCAAGAAGAUGGAACGAUCUGAUUUUGGAAACCGCAGAGAAGGCUUUUAGGAAAGGGUUUUUGUUCGGUCAUCACCUGAGGGAAGGAAAUUGGGUUGCCCACUACUUAGAUGAAAUGGGCUCCUACAAUAAAUUUAGCAGCCCAAAUCAAUUACCCAUUUGUGCUAAACAGGCUUAUUGGAUGGACUUCUUUGGUAUCCCUUCUAUUCGUUUUUAAAUUCUGUUUAUGUCUUUGUUUUUUGUAGAGAGGCUUUGGUCUGGCCCUCCUCUCAUGUAAUACUCUGCAUCUAAUAAAAUCCUGGUAAAUGACUCCCGACAUUUACCCCACUGAUUUUGGUG